CUACCUGAUUUUCUUCACCAGCAAGACAAUAACGAUGAAGUCCGCGAAAUGGAUAGAUAUCAAGGACGAUGACGGAUAUGAUUUGGAGCACUUUGUGCUUCCAACCCACUAUGAAAAAGAUCUGCAGAGGGUGCUUGUACCUUACGGACUCAUUCGAGACAGGGUCUCGAAAUUAGCUCAAAUGAUUGCUGCAGAGUGUGAAAAUCCCUUGGUAGCUUGUUGCGUCCUCAAGGGAGCGCACGGAUUUUUUGCUCACUUGAUGGAAGAUCUCAAAAAGCAAAAGAAUAGACGAGGGGAAUCCAUCCCCCUUCGACUGGAAUUUAUCAAGGUGAAAAGCUACGAGAAUGAUCAAUCUACCGGCAACGUCACCAUAUCCCUAUCUGAGGAGGACAUGCAGGCCUUUAAGGGGAAGGAUCUAUUGAUAGUUGAAGACAUUGUGGAUACAGGGAAAACGAUGGUCGCACUCAUAGAACGAUUGAAGCAGUAUAACCCUGCCAGCAUUCGAGUUGUGAGCCUCCUGCUAAAGAAGACCGAUCGAAGUAACAAAUAUGUUCCGGACUAUGUUGGAUUUGCCAUACCAGAUCUCUUUGUUGUUGGUUACUGCCUGGAUUAUAAUGAACAUUUCCGAGAUCUUGAUCAUAUUGCCGUAAUAUCUGAUCAUGGGAAGACAGCCUACGCGGAAUAGAAGCGGAUGCAUGUAUUAAGGAUAAUCAAAUGAAUCAUCACUUUUUAAAUAGAUAAAUAGUCUUGUUUACGGUGCCA